AUGGAGGCGGAGUACAACAACGAGCACGCGCGGUGCGAGGAGUUCGUCGCGACGGACGAGACGGCGUGCGUCGGCGUACCGGGGGCCUCGAACCGGGAAAACUGCGUGUUGGCCUGCGUCAGCCGCACGUGCUUCGACCGCGUGUUCCAGCUCGAACCGCUAGAAGAGGGCCAGCAUGACCGCGUUCGGGCGGACCGGUACAAGGAGUGCGCGAAGCGCGAUCUGCGGAAGAGGCUGAAGAAGAGGCAGCGCGCGGGCGAGCUCUGA